AUGUUUGUCAGGUGGGAAGGCGGCGGAGGGAUCUGGAGCGCCGGCGCUGCGGUUCCAGCCAGCCUGACGCCGCCGUGGCUGCAGAGUGGCGCUCCGGCUGGAGCCUGCAGGAGCCCUUCAGACUCCAGCGGGCCGGCCCGCCUCCGACCUGCGGCGGCAACCACAACGGAUGCCCUCCACUCAAGUGCGCGCCCACGCAGUACUAACGCGCACCUUCUCGCUGGCUUCAGUCGCGACUCACCGCGUGGACUACUACGACCAGCUACUACGAAUGCAAACGUGAAGGCGUACUGGACUUGGCAGGACCAUUUGGACAGUAAGGCGCUUUUCAUCACUACAUCCGGCGCAGGUCAAAAGGAUGCGGCAAACCUAGGCCAGAAUCAUCUCGAUUCCAAGCAUCAGGAACAAAAAGGCACCAUGAACUCAUCCACGUCCAUCACGUCACUCUUCUCCUUCACCAGCCCGGCGGUGAAACGUCUGCUGGGCUGGAAGCAGGGCGACGAGGAGGAGAAGUGGGCAGAGAAAGCCGUGGACUCCCUGGUGAAGAAGCUCAAGAAGAAGAAAGGCGCCAUGGAGGAGCUGGAGCGGGCCCUCAGUUGCCCCGGACAGCCCAGCAAGUGCGUGACCAUCCCGCGCUCACUAGACGGGAGGCUGCAGGUGUCGCACCGCAAGGGCCUGCCGCAUGUCAUCUACUGCCGCGUAUGGCGCUGGCCGGACCUGCAGUCGCACCACGAGCUCAAGGCGCUCGACUGCUGUGAGUUUCCCUUCGGCUCCAAGCAGAAGGACAUCUGUGUCAAUCCAUACCACUACCGACGUGUGGAAACGCCAGUGUUGCCACCCGUCCUGGUGCCGCGCCACAGCGAGUUCAACCCGCAGCACAGCCUGCUGGCCAAGUUCCGCAAUGCAUCUCUGCACAACGAGCCGCUGAUGCCACAGAACGCCACCUAUCCGGAGUCUUUCCCGCCGCUACCAGGCUCCUCGUCCUCCUUUUCAUCCUCGUCGCCGUCCUCCUCAUCCCACGGACGCUCGCCCGCCUCACAGGGCUACCCCGACUCCCCCUGCAGCUCCACUGAGCCGGGUAGCCCUUACCACAUUGCAGAAACUCCCCCUCCACCGUACAGCAUGAUGGAGUCGAACCCACAGGAGGACGUGAAGCCUGGCAACUCCACGGAAACCACCAAGCUUACCUUCUCCGCGCCACAUAGAGAUUUGCGUCCCGUGUGCUACGAGGAGCCCGAGUACUGGUGCUCCAUCGCCUACUACGAGCUGAACAACCGGGUGGGCGAGACUUUCCACGCGUCGUCACGCAGCGUGCUGGUGGACGGCUUCACCGACCCGUCCAACAACAAGAACCGCUUCUGCCUCGGCCUGCUGUCCAACGUCAACCGCAACUCCACCAUCGAGCACACGCGGCGACACAUCGGCAAAGGCUUGCACUUGUAUUACGUGGGUGGCGAGGUGUACGCCGAGUGCCUGAGCGACAGCAGCGUGUUCGUGCAGAGCCGCAACUGCAACUUCCAGCACGGCUUCCACGCCACCACCGUUUGCAAGAUCCCCAGUGGCUGCAGCCUGAAGAUCUUCAACAACCAGCUCUUUGCGCAGCUGCUCGCACAGUCCGUCAACCACGGCUUCGAGGUGGUCUACGAGCUCACCAAGAUGUGCACCAUCCGCAUGAGCUUUGUCAAGGGUUGGGGGGCUGAGUACCACCGCCAGGAUGUGACCAGCACCCCCUGCUGGAUCGAAGUGCAUCUACAUGGUCCCCUCCAAUGGCUGGACAAGGUCCUCACCCAAAUGGGCUCACCGCACAACCCCAUCUCGUCUGUGUCGUAGAAAACGGGCGGGUGGCUGUGGAAGGCGGCGUUUGUGAUGAGGGCACAGCCCCUCCAGAAGCUUCCAGGAUGUGGUCCUUGUUUACUGUGAGACUGACUUGCAUUUGGCUUCUGUACGGCUUUGUUGUUUUCUUGUGCAUGCCUACGGCACUUCAAGACACGUAGCGCUUCUUUGUGAGUUCAAUUUGUCUUUUAAUAUUAUUCUAAUGUCCCGACCAAUGUUUGUUUGUACUUAUAUUAAAUGUUUUUUUGAGGCUAAAA